UUUUUAUUUGUUGCAACUCUGUCUUUUCUUCUUCAGUAAGCGUCCCCACUUACGACGAGCUCAGAAUUCGGAGCUUGUAAAUUAGCAAACAUGCAUGCCUCACCCCGGAUUUCAUGCGUUGAGACGCGUGGCGACACUGCCUUUUCGCGUGACACCUCUGCCCGCCUUCUCCGCAUGUCGCAUUGCCUUCCAAGCACCAGAUUCCAUAGUGGACUUUCGAUGUACUUUUCUUCGGGUGGUAGAAAUUAGCAUUAGCAGAAUGAAAAUGUUUGCUUAUGCCAACAAAACCGUAUCAAAACCUGUACCUGAGGCUCACACGCUGCUGCCCAGACACACACCAGAUAACAUCCCAGAAAGUCGGCAGUUGAACUAUGAGGAGUUGGGGAACAAGUACCAAAUUUGGCACAGUCGUCCUCGGAUAAUCCAGAAUUGUGAAUACUCAAAAUCGCAAAUAAAAUUAAUGAUCCAUGAUACGCCGAUUUACGCGAAGGCUUUUGGCCCGAACAUCGCCAAGUUGCCCGCAGCUGCAAAGCGAGCCUCUGGAUCGAAAAUUGAGGGGGGCGUAAAAACUCACUUGCAGCUAGGUAGCAAGAACGUGGUAGAGCUUAGAUCUGGUUUGAAAAAGGAGUCUGAGUAUAUUCACCGAAAUAAAGCCCUGACAGCAAGGUGUAAAAGUCAUUGCUUGGGGAAUCUUGAUGAACCAACAUCCAUCCCACAGCUUCCCUCCCAAAAUUUGGUGGCAAAGAAAAGAGAGCCUGGCUGCUUUUUAGGGGAUUAUGUCCCGAUGAAAUGCCAUGCACCCGGAAGAGAUUCCUUGGUCUCAAUUCACCCGGCUGAUGGCACAUCCAUCACAUGCAGCAAGACUCAUGUUCAGCCCCCGGUGAAUGUUACAGGAAAAGCUUCCAAUACAACCAAAAGCUUGAUAUGCAAGUCCUCUUUCGAGUCUUCUCAAUUAUCGCUUGUAGCGAGUUUGCCGCACCAAGAACAGGCUCGGGAAAUUGGCAGAAGUGCCACCGCGGGCCUUGAUCAUCAACGUGGAAACAGACUCUCCUUGUCUCACAGAAUGAAGGGCUUGAUAUUGAGCAAUCUCAAGAGCAAAAGCGUAAAUUUGAAUAGAGCGAAGUCAUUUGAUCAAACGAAAUCUCGCAUGACCAGCAAACGGGACGUCAGAAACAAUCUAUUACUAAGUUACGAGGGGAAAGUAAGAAGAAGGACCACAAAUCUAGGUACGUAUUUUUUUUUUUUUUUUCAAAAUUGGUUGGGUGGGGCAUUUUACCUGUCCCGGAGAGAGAUUUAUCAUUUUCGGGGAUUUACAGAAAAAACGGUUGCCCAUGUCUAUUGUUAAGCAGGCUGAGAUGGCAUGCACGAAGGCUUCGAACUGUGGGGCUACCCUAUGAAAUGUGAGUUGCCAGAAGUGCACAUCACGUCAUUACCUAACCUUUGGCGUAUCACAUAUGCUAAGCUUGCCCGGCGGUAAAAAAAACUGUCAAAUUGCAAUAUUUGCAGCCGGAAGACAGUAAACUGCUGAUGGUUAUGUCACUAAGUAAUUUAAAGCUGACAGCGAGCGGUGUGGGGUAAUAUCGUUUUCGCGGAAUAGAACUGGGGCGAAAAUUCUGGACGCGCAAUGACAAAGUGGGGCUCACGGAAGUCUGCACAGAGAUUGGUCAGUUGUUUUCGAUCCUGGACCAUGUUAGCGCAUAGAACGAGAUUGAUCGACCCAGACUAUUCGUCCCAUCACAUGUGACCGCAUUAUUCCAAAGCUAAAACAGUCGAGCGGAGGAGGAAAUGGAAGGCUUGGCUCUUGUCGCCAGAUAGGC